CUAUUCCUCCCACUGACACCAAUGAUGGGGCACGAUUCCUCGCUCUGACACCAAUGAUGGGGCACUAUUCCUCCCACUGAUACCAAUGAUGGGGCACUAUUCCUCCCACUGACACCAAUGAUGGGGCAUGAUUCUUCCAACUGAUACCAAUGAUGUGGCACUAUUCCUCCCACUGACAUUAAUGAUGGGACACUAUUCCUCAGACAAUGACACUAAUGAUGGGGCACCAAUCCCAUCAUUGGUGUCAGUGGGAGGAAUAGCACCCCAUCUUUGGAAUACCAUACUGAAAUACCAUACCAUAUUGAAAUCAAAUCUGAUG